AUGGCAGACACGGUCAUCAGGGAAUUUGACGAUCUGAUCGCUGGAAGAUCAGCUCAUUGCAAGAUCCAAGACUUCAUGAUUACACUCGUAGAAUGCUCCACGCAUAUCAUAACUACUGUCGAGAAGGCACUUGACGAUAGCCGAAUCAUUCGCCAGAAGCUGUUAUCGAUACAUACUUGGCUAUCGCAACGAAAUGAUGGCCUUGAACAAAACACUCGGCCUCAGUCUGGUGACCAUGUAAUCAAGACACUGGAAGCUGCGAACAGCCGGGCAAUCGAAUGGGAGGAGCACCUAGAAGACAUUACACGGCGCUGGGGUGAAGCCAAGAUGCGUAUGGAAGCCGUGUUUGGAUAUAUCAAGGCGGUUCAAGACAUGCCAAACUCCAAGAUGCGACUUGACAGAAUAAGAAAACAUUAUAAAAGCAUUAGAGGAGAUUUCUGUGACUACAAGGCUGACUAG